GUAUUUGUGAAUAUUGAUUGCUUGUUUUAUUCUGUAGAAGACGUGAUCUGAAAUGCUUUCUGAUCUUGUAUCCUCGGAAAGACUCGUGGGCAAAACCAUGAACAGGUCCAAGGUACUCCCCUGCGGGAACAUUCUAAAUGGUGUGGCUGGUCCAAAAAAUACGCGAAAUUUUUCUGCAAAUCAAACAUGGCGAGUGGAUAACUACGAUUCUUCGGGAGACGAAAGCAGGAGUUCGUCGCCUGACCGAUUGAAAGAGCCGAAAUAUCAAGUGAAGUUUGAGGCAGGGAAUGAUUAUGAUAGUAUUGGUAAAAAUCGACCCAGUCGUAAAAGCAGAUCUUCUGACUAUCUGGAUCGCCUUUUAGAGAGUAGAAAUACGUGUUCAAAAAUGGCCUCUAAAUACCCCAAUGAAACUUCUGUGAAUUUACGAAGGAAAAAAUCAUUUGAUUGUAUGGAUACACUGCUGAUGAAUAACGACCACUGUGAUAAAUUGGACAAAUUAAAUGCUACGAAUAAGCAAAAUAAUAGAAAGCGAGAUAAGCGUUGCAGGGAAAGACGGUCGGCUGACUAUCUGGAUGUUCUCCUUGCGGAUGAUUCAGAUGAGAACAGAAUGUCGAAUUAUAAAUUGUCUAACUCUAAAUACAGAGGUGAAAAGAGGUCAGGUGAUUACUUGGACCACCUACUGAGUAAAGAUUUCAACGAGGCGCCUAAAGAUUUCACUAGACCUUUCGGACAGAAAGGUAGAUACUGCACGGGUAGUUCACAAGAAUCAUCAGACGAUGAUGAACGUCAGCAAACUAGAAUGGAUCUGACAGGUAAUGAAGAUGGAGAUGAAUCGGAUGAUGGAGAUUACUUCAAGUGUUCUUCGAACAAGAGAGACAAGCCGAGAAAUGACGUAGAAAAAUUCAGCAGCAAGAGUUACAAAUCUGUGAUCACCCGGAAAGAAAGUUUUGAACGGGAAAGUGGCACUCUGAUGACUUCAGUUGAAGUGAAACGCUUGGAAUGUUACCGAGAAAGUGUUGAGGCAAAAACAGCAUCGGCGUUCGAGGAGCCGGGUAGUGAUUCUGAAUCCGAAUCGGACAGCGAGUUCUACCGGAAGUUGCGACAAAACCAGAAAUCAAAUAAAGAGGAGCCGAAAUUUCAUCCCAACUACGCUGGACCGACCGUAAGAAACGAAGUUGCGUUCACUGAUCUGCCCGCGAUUGAAGAGCUGAAAGAUCUCAACCUGGAAGACGAUGCUUACAUGCAGAUCAUUGGCCAUGUCAUGUCUGUAGUUGGCUUUAUGGUAAUUAUUAAGUCAGCCAAUGAAGCUAUGGCAUUGGAUGCGGAAACUGUUUUGUUCCACGAGGACAAAACUGCAUUCGGACAAGUGUUUGAAGUGUUCGGACCUGUGAAAGAUCCGUUCUACAUUGUGCGGUUCAACAACGAGAGUGAAGUUAAGUCAAAAGGUGUCAAGGUUGGGAUGCCAGUUUAUUGUUGUCUGUCCGAUUUUGACAUGACCAAAGUCGUGUUUCAAACGGAUCUGGAUCAAAUGAAGGGUUCGGAUGCCUCGUGGAGAAAUGAUCACGAACCUCCGGAGGGGGCUCUUGCGUAUAGCGACGACGAGCAGGAAAGAGAGGCGAGACGAUCUCUGGCUUUGAAGAAGCGUCAAAAUAGAGAAGACGCCAGUUUGUUAGAGGAGAACACAGUUGAUAUUUCAAGUGAAUCGGGGAAUUCUGGUAGCGAUGGAGAAAUCAAAUCAGACAGCGAGACGGAAGCAGAAGUCAAAAGAAAUAAAAAGCAGCGAAAAUCGAAGACUGUCAAUAAAAAACUUUCAAAGAAUUCAGAAGACCGCCUGGAUGAAAAUAUCUCGGGGUUGCCUCUAAAAGUGUGUAGACCAAUGGGAAUGGCUUUACCUGACGCAGAUGAUAGCAUAACUCUUAAAACAGAGAAGCAGAGACAUCGCAGACGUAAAAUGGAAGACAAGUCGCACGGAAAGAAUCAAAGAAACCCGUUUUGGGAUAAUCCAAUGAAACCUGUCGCCAAAGUUGGAUAUAUUGAACCAAUUGACGUACUGUAUAUGAAGGAAAUGGAAAAGAAAAAAGGUGUUCCUAAAAGAAAUGUGUCUUUCCCGGAUCCGCCGCCUCCUCCCCUUAAAGACUGGAUGGCACCUGUAACUUCAUUCGCUAGCAGCAGUAUCUCUAACUACCAGUGGUCAGAACAAAGUCCACUUGGGUUCCAGAAUAAACCACCAAAUAGUUCUAGUGCUAAUUUUUCAAUGCAGCCGAUUAUGUCGUGUGAUCCGAAUGCUAUCGCAUCAAGAAAUAGACCUCUCAAUUCAAAUAGUGGAUCUAAUUCGGCGCCUAGUUUAAUGCCUCCUCAAGAGUCUAUGAACUUCGCACCUACCAUGCCUCCUCCGCCCAUGCCGCCGCCGCACUCUAUGCCGAUGUCUUUCAAUAACGGAAACGAGAAUCCCUUGUACCGAGGGAAUAUCAUGAGUACAACUCCGAGAAAUGUCUUCGCACCACCGCCUUAUGAGAGCAAUUUUCGACCUCCGCCUUUGAUGAUGGCUAAUCAAGCGUCACAGGGAUCUAAUUUUGGUAUCUUGCGACCUCCAGUGUUUCCUGGAAACCAAAACGUGACCCCCAAUUUUCCGAUAAGGGGUCCAAAUUUUGGAAACUUUCUUCCUCCACCAGCGCCUCGUGGAUUAGUGGUGUCAAACGUUUCUUUCGGAAAUAAUAUGGGUGUAGGCAUUUCAAAUACUGUCAAUGUGAAUUCGCGAAUGGCACCACCUUUCUUUGCAGCGUCUUCAGUUUUAGCCGGAAAUCAACAACAAUCUCUUUUUGGGCGACCUCCAGUUCCUGUUGCAGCCUUCAACAAAACUUACUAACUGCUUUUGCCUAAAAAAGACUUCGUUUUAUUUAUGUUACUUAUUUAAACUGAACGGUUGAGAGUUGAUAUGAAUCAUGGCUAAAAUUUACGCUUACAAAGA